AGAGGCAAUCAUCUCUCCGUGUAAUUAUGUAAAUACACGACUAAAAUAGUGAUAAUGGCGCUUUCAAAGGCUCCUUUGGCAGAGAUUCGUCAUAUUAGUUGCCUCGAGCUAUUUUUUUUUUCCAGACGGGCGGGACGGAAACGCUUUCAAUAAAUAAAAAUAAAUCCCUCUCUCUCCAGGAGGAACAGCUGCAGUCUCACGAGAAUAAAAUGAGGCAGAUUGCCAGCGAGUUAACUGAGCAUAAGCUGCAUCCCAUAGUGAAAGGCAUCAAGUCGAAAGAGGCUGAAGAAUAUCGUUUGAAAGAGCAUUACUUAAUAUUUGAGAAAAGCCGCUACGAGACAUACAUCAACCUCCUGUGCGUGAAGAUAAAGGCUGGGACAGAUGACCUGGAAAAAAUUGAAGCCAACGUCUUCACAAUGGAAACUGACGACAUGUCCCUGAGGAAGACGUAUUCCAGCCCAUCCAUAAGCCAAGGACCGUUGCCUGCAAUAAGCAAAGCAGAAAAGGAUGUGAUAGAGCAAAGCUCUUCUGGCCACCAAUAAGCGCCAGGAGCCAGGAAGGGAUACCUGGUUCUCCUCAGCCACGAUAUAUGAGCACAAUUAUUUCUGAGAUGUAUCCAGCGUACCUGACUGAAAUAUUACAGCAAAAAGAAUUCCAAGAAGCUUUAGUUUACAGUAAUUCUCUCCUGGUGCUUCAGUGUUUCAGGAUCGCACUGUCCACAUCGGUUAUCACUGUAGCCAUUUCCUUGACUGAUGUUCGCCUGAGAGGGCAUGCAAUAACAGGCCUUGCCCCACGUCGAAGAGCUGAGCUCUCCCACGGGCCUCUCUGGAUUGAUUUUCCACUGAGAACUCCUGCAGUACCUGGAGACACGACCAACUCUACUCUUUGAUUUUUAGGAACUACCGGUGGGACUGCAGCACUUUACACUGCAUCCGACAAGAAAUAGCGGGACAGCAAAUGUACAGAAACUGUGGGCAGGAUUUCCCCACGGUGCAGUGACACAGAAGACAGGGUCUGGGACGGACACUUUGCGCGCGUGCAAAGUCGACUCCAACGGCUACUACCCCACCGCCUGCAUUAGGCGUCGUCGCAAUAACUGCAUUACCAGCCCAAACAUAUAUCCAUUUCUAAAACGUAGUGCCAAAUAUGCCACCUUGCAGAGGUGAGAGACUGGCAGGAAGAAAAUCAACUUUAAUAUACAGGGAUCUUAGCAACGCUGAGCGAUUUUUUUGUUUGUUUGUUUGUUUGUUUGUUUUUAAAAUGUAACCGCUUCAACAUUUCUGCUUCUUGUUUUGUAACAAGAGAAUCCCGUCUAGCUUUGCUGCAGCCCAGGCGCUCCCGUUGCUAUGCGCCCCACUGCCAUAAAUAGCCAAUUCACUGCUUUCUCUGGUGUCCGUUCCUUCUGCUUCGGCUUUCUGGGCAUCCAAGCUUCGCUUCCAUGCGUCGGGGAGGGUGGGGCAAUCAAACUGCUGGUCACCCAUCAUUGUACAUAACUCCAUUCCGCUGUCAGCAUCAAUAGACUCGCUUAAAUAGUAAUGCUUCUCACCAAUCCUCUGCC